AUGUUGCAACAUCAGUCUGAAUACACUUGGAUGUCGUUCAUGAUCUCCUUUCGAAUGCUGCAGCCGCAAAUAUUUCAGCUCUCGGUGGUGGCUGCAUUUGAUGCCUUGACUUCCAGCGAGAAGCUAUAUGCUCACCACAUGUCGAGAGCCGCAUGGGCUGGCACCAGGAUAAUUCUUCGCCAGGUAUCCCCCGAGGCCAAUGGGAUCUUUGACCUUAUCAUCGCUCUGCACCACGCCUGCGAUGGCCAGUGGGAAGCGCUUUCACAACGCACGGGAGUCGGCAUGCCAGACAUUGACAGGUUUCUCGACUAUGCUGCAACGUUCCUGUCAAAUGUUGGGAAUUACAUUGGCUCCGGAGACCAAAAAUUCAUCCCAGACAUCUCGCCAGAAUCUCUGACCCGGUUGGCUGCUGUAUCUCCCUCUGCCACGCAACUUUUGGAUGGCAUCAAAGUCCAGCUGUAUCAACAGCUCCCAAAUUGUCUAGGUGUUCCGAACGGCCUCGCCCAAAGCGCGUAUUAUCUAGGAAACGACUGCUUGAAGUCCCCCGAGGAUACAUCUGCAAUACUGAGCGCGAUGGAAAAGAAGGGCGUGUUUCCAGAAAACACUCGCUUACGGAAAAGCACCCCCCCGGAUGGAAUUACUGUUUACGAUUUAUUGCAAGCGUCCGUUCAACAAGACGAGUCCGAUCUUGAUAUCCUCGCAGCUGAUAAAAAGCUUCGCUUGAUACGGGGUGACCAUAAACAAGAACUGGAAAAGAUAUGCGCCAGCCUGCUUAGCGCCUCUCAAAAUGUCGCCAACCCUGCCCAAAACCAGCUGUUGACCGAGUUACACGACAGCUUUCUAAAUGGGGACCUGAACACCUACAGAUCGUCGCAACGAAUCUGGGUAAAAGACAAAGCGCCCCGAGUCGAGACAGUGCUUGGCUUCGUAGAGCCGUACCGGGAUCCAUUGGGCGUGCGUGCCGAAUUCGAGGGGAUAGUCGGCAUAGCCGAUACAAAAGAGACGUUUGUGUUGAGGAAGCUGGCCGAAAUGGGCUCUCGCUUAAUCCCUUGA